AUGUAUCGCUCUAGCUCCUACCGUCGACCUCAAAGUCCAAGAGGUACACGUGAAGUACAUGAUGGCGAAAUUGUUGAAAACCCAAAUUCGUAUGGAAUGUUUGGAAGGUAUGAAGAUGCUCCUCAAGCCAUGGUUUCCAAUGAUCAAACCUAUCAAUCAUAUAGCUCUGGUCGACAUAAUUCCAUCACUUCUCAACGUCGUCCAAGUACACGUAUGACAACCAAUCCAAACAUUCGUCGUAUGCCAAGCGUUCGAGAAACGCAUUCAGCUUUCCAACAAAACAAUCAAGCAUGGGCCAACGAAGAGGUUGCACCAGAAGAUGAUCCAAAUUCUCCUCCUACACAUCCUCCUCAUAGCGGUCAUAGUCAUUUCCAUUUGCCAACUCGUCAUCAUCCAAGCGCUUCAGCAUCAACCGCUCGAACAGAGUACCAAGACACUGAAAGCUUUGGACAAGAAUACGUUCGAAAUGAAACGGAUCAACAACCUCAUCAAAACUAUACCUUCGGUCACACCUUGGAAAAGAUUGAAUCUGGAUAUACCGAUUCCAUCAGCACACUUAGACAAGGAGCAACAGGAAGAACAAGCCAGGUACGCAAUAGCGAUGAUACCCACACACCACUCGUUUCGUCACCACACGUGCACGAACCACAUGCUCACUUUGCAACUGCACCACAAUCACUUCAAGACCAAUCAAAUCAACGUCGUCCGAGUGAAGGCAACUAUCUCAACACUUUUGACGCCGUUCAUGGCAAUGACGGCCAUCUCGCUCAAAGCGGAGCUCAAAUCCCAAUCGGGUGGCAGCAUUUGUUUAAGCGACCUUUGAUCCGUCAAUGGGUGUUCCAGAACAAGGUAUACCAAGAAGUAGACGAUCGUUCUCCUUCCCAAUUCGAGUUGUUCUUUGAUUUGGUCAUGGUGGGCAUCAUUCAUAAACUGGCCGAUGGUGCAGCUGAAGCGCCAACAGGGCUGAAUGUAGCAAAAUUCGUCCUUUGCUUUUACCCUGCUUGGAGUGUUUGGUCUGACUUGCGUUCUUACAUGAACGUUUCCGGUACCGAUGAUGUCUGGCAACGGAUGUACACUUUGUUGGUGAUGUGUUUGCUCGUUGGUUAUGCCGCCAAUGCAACGGGAAUUCGAAUCGAAAAACAAGUGCAUGCAGGGGACGCCGACGAUGGACAAUUCCAUCAUGGUGUUACUGAAACCGUUCAAACCGAAGAGCAGGCGGUUUCACAUGCACGUAGAGCCAUUGUCUCUGCUGUUGGAGUCCUUGGGGCAAAUUUGGUCAAACGAUCAUCCGAUGGAGGCGAGCAUAUUCCACUCAAGCUUGUGCGUCAAAUCGGGUCGACCGAUUAUUGGUUUGCAGAAGGAUGGCACUCUGCCAUUGCUGCUGCUUUUGGUUUCUAUAUGGUUGCAAAAUGUUGUCGGUUGGCGCUUUUUAUCAUUUAUGGAAUGCUGUUACCAAAAUUUCGCAAAGCAUUAUUUCUGCAUGCAAUCUCGUUCUUGGUGAUCACCUUAAUCUACCUUCCAAUCAUGUUUCUUGACCGUCCAGGAUUGAUUGUGAUCCUGAUUUGCGUCGGUGUAGUCGCCGAAUUGGCGAUUCGAUAUGUCGUUGCUGCAUUAUUGCAGAUCAUGCACGGAAGAUCGAAACAUAAAGGACAUACAACGUACAUGCCAGCUUAUGCAAUCACCCAUCUCAUGGAAAGGACGACACUGUUCACCAUCCUGGUAUUGGGUGAGACUGUCAUGUCAAGUACAUUUAUAGCGCAACCAGACGAAUAUGGACCAAGACCUCAGUACUGGCGAGCGGCAUUAAGCAUCACGAUUGCCUUUAUGCUCAUGUGGCUUUACUUUGAUGUUGAUUCCUCGCGUACAUUCGUGCAUGGAUUGAGAAGGAAUUGGUUCACUUCCAUCACGUACACUCAUCUGCACUUCCCUCUUUGUGCUUCGCUUAUCUUGAUGUCUUCUACCUUAUCAACCAUGAUCCAUGAAGAGGCAGUCGAUCAGAACUUUUUGUGGUUCUUCUCGGCGAGUAUUUCCAUUGCGAUGUUGUGUAUGGCAAUCUUAGGCACACUGCACAAAUCUUUGGACCGUUGGGGCUCUUCGAUAGUACCCAAAUCAGCAAGGAUCGCUUCAAGGUUCAUCAUUGCUGCUAUUUUCGGUGUCAUGCCUCUUUUGCAUCACUGGACGAGCGCCGAGUUUCUAGGCGUGCAUGCAAUAAUUCUAGGAGCAGCCGUAGCAUUUGAGACGUUCGGCAAGAUUGGAGCCGUUGGAAGGGUAUACGAUCAUGCUAGGGCAGAAGAACUCCGUUUGCAACGUUUGGCGAUGCAUUCAUCCUCCCCUAUCACGGAGAAGAAUGGUGAAGGAGGAGAAUUCCCGAUGAACGAAUUGCAACACCAACAAUCUCGAGGUGAUCCAUCAAGGAUGCAAGAUCUGAUAAAAUCACCGAGCCAUGUUUCUUCAGGAAUGGGAGAAAAGCAUUCUCCUUUUGCUGGAAGCCAACGUCAUUUAAGCAUGAUGGUCGAUUCGAGUAUGCGAAGAUUGAAUAAGGAUAGCAUGGUCAAAGGUCCAAAUCGUCGUGCAAGUUGGCACGAAUAUGACGAUUUGACAGGUGACGAAAUGGGUGAAAUGGAUUGCGGUAUCGAGAGCGAGUUAGGUCAUCUUCGAUCCAAGGAAGUGGCUAGCGGACAGAGAUGGGCAUACGUAGCAUCGUAG